CUUCCCGUCGGGGAGAGAGUGUAAUAUGGCGAAGACCUACGAUUACCUGUUCAAGCUGCUGCUGAUCGGGGACUCGGGGGUGGGGAAGACCUGUGUCCUGUUCCGCUUCUCCGAGGACGCCUUCAACUCCACUUUCAUCUCCACCAUAGGAAUUGACUUUAAAAUUAGGACCAUAGAGCUUGAUGGCAAGAGAAUUAAACUACAGAUAUGGGACACAGCUGGUCAGGAACGGUUUCGGACGAUCACAACCGCCUACUACAGGGGCGCAAUGGGCAUCAUGCUGGUUUACGACAUCACCAACGAGAAGUCCUUUGACAACAUCCGGAACUGGAUUCGAAACAUUGAGGAGCAUGCGUCUGCAGACGUCGAAAAGAUGAUACUUGGGAACAAGUGCGACGUGAAUGACAAGAGACAAGUUUCCAAGGAACGGGGAGAAAAGCUGGCCCUGGACUAUGGAAUCAAGUUCAUGGAGACCAGCGCGAAGGCCAACAUCAACGUGGAGAACGCCUUUUUCACUCUCGCCAGAGACAUCAAAGCAAAAAUGGAUAAAAAAUUGGAAGGCAACAGCCCCCAGGGGAGCAACCAGGGAGUCAAAAUCACACCGGACCAGCAGAAGAGGAGCAGCUUUUUCCGAUGUGUUCUUCUGUGAGGAAUGCCGCCUUACUCUGAGCCUCGCUCAGCUGAGCUGACUGUGCCUGUCCUGAGUGAGCCCCUCACUCAGCCGGGGCCCUCCCACCACCACCAAACCCCCGCCGUGCCGCGGCCACCAGGCCCACGGUCACCGGGCCCACGGCCACCAGAACACAAUCGAGAAAUUGUUUAUUUUAGUAACUGAUCUUUGUCAACUCUGGAGAUGGAGCGAGUUAAGAAUCUGCUAUUUCUCCUGCGAUGUCCACUGAAUGGGUCCACGCAUCGUGUAACUAGAGAGAGAGAUGGAGUUGAGGCGUGGCCACCAGUAGCAGCCAGCGUGGCAGGCCUCUGCCUCUGAGCCUCGACACAGCUAGAGCCCCAGCAGGAAGCCCGUCCAUGUCCUCCGCGGCAGAAGUGAGGCCCCCAAAAGCCAACGACAGCUCCAAGAGCGCCAGGCUCUGCACCCUGAGCGAGGCGACUCACAUCAGGCCCGGGAAGCAUCUGCCCAACACGUCUGACGCCCACUUUCACCUCUUCUCUCAGUUUUUGGACAAGUGACAGAAACUGUUAUACAUCCCACUGUCCCCCUCUACCCCCAUCUCAUUUUAACUGUCAAACCAAAGGGAAGCACAAAUUAAGGAAAUCCUGAGGAAAGAAGCAUGGAGUGGCCUUUCCUGUUUACAGCCAGGUUUGGUCCCAUGGUCCAGCUGGGCCUUGGGCACAGCCAGCAGGUCUCUCUGAGGUCCCCACCUGAGCACUGAAGGGUCACCAUGUAUGCCACAGGUGACCCCCAAAAUGCAAAAUCACACAUGGCCCAGCCCUGAGUGGGGCACUCACUUCAUCCUCCACCAUCUCCAAAUCGGACAUUCUUUUUAGAGAUUUUUAUUUUUCCAGAUCCAUAGUGUAAGGAGAUGAUUCCGUCUUUUGACUUCCAGUAGCAGACCUAGGUGAUAGGGCACAAACAUACAUACACGUACACACACACACACACACACACCCCGCCUGGAUGUGGCCGAGAACCCAGCUGGCGUCCCGGGGCCUGACUGCAGAGCAGUCUGGAUGGGUUUUUGAUUGCCGUCGUCCAGUUCUGUUUUGACCACUCUGCUUUCCCGUAGAGACUGCAGUCAGAAUCAGGUAACCAGGUCAGAGGGAUGUCACCAAGGAGCCUUUCUUCCUUUUUCUUUUUUUUUUUUUUUUCCUGCCCCCCCCCCCACGAGCUGCUGUCAAUCCAAGCCAUUGGCAUUGUAGUUUGUUUUUUUUUUUCUUUUUUUGAAUUAAAACCAACAUACCAGCAAUA